AUGGUCAAGCGCAUGCGCGUGCUAGCUGAUGCUCUAACCACAUUCUGUUACAGGGUUGGCAACUUGUUCACCAUCCAGGAUAAUGAAACUCAUUCGAUCCACAAACGUAUGAUUUCUCAUACAUUCUCCAAAUCAUUUGUUAUGGCUUCCGAAACGGCCCAUGUGGCUAUGAGAGACGUCCUCUUCAACAAAGUCCUUCCGCUCAUGCACACAGCUGCAUCCACCGGGAGGCCAAUAGAAAUAAUCGAGUUCAAUUACUCCUAUUUCUUGGACACUUUUGUCCAGUGGCAGUUCGGACGCUCUCUGCGAAGUAAUCUUGUGGAGGAUGAGCAGGAAAGGAGGAUGUAUCUAGACGGAUUUUUCGGAAUUUCGCAUUACACGUUCUGGCAGUAUUACUUCCCCAAGCUCUCGAGUGGGCUACGUAAAGUUGGAAUCUAUCUUAUCCCCCAAUGGGUGGACAUUGGCUUCCAGAAGGUGGAAGAUUGGAACCUCGACAAAUGUGACCGCGCACAACAGCUCCUAGCUUCUGGUGAGGCGAUCGCGCCAGAGGACUAUCCGGUCGUUUUUGAGCAGAUGCUCAAAGGAGCAAGUAACCUCAAUUCCAAGCCGAAAGAUUAUCCAAGGCGUCUGGAAAUUGCGAGCGAUAUGUUCUCAUUGAAUUCAGGUGCUUUCGAAACGAGCGGGAACAGCUCAACUUACAUAUUCUACGAACUGAGCAGACAUCCGGAAUGGCAGGCGCGGCUCUGCGAGGAGCUGCUGAACCUCAAGCCGUCAAUGAAACAUGUCGAAGAACGGGAUAUUCAACUGGAGGAUAUUCCACGACCUCAUGAUAUAGACGAGCUACCGAUCCUCCACGCCGUUGUCAUGGAGACUCUACGACUAUGGCCAUCCGUUCCAGGUGGCCAGCCUCGGGUCGUUCCCACGUCUUGCACACUCGGAGGGUUCGACAACAUUCCAUCGGGAACAGUCGUGCAGUCGUAUGCUUCGGUCCUGCACCGGACGCCAGAAGUCUUUCCCGAGCCGCACGUGUGGAAGCCUGAGCGGUGGCUCGAAGCCACCUCCGACCAAAGAGCUCUGAUGAACCGCUGGUUCUGGGGGUUCGGUAGUGGCGGUCGAGGCUGCAUUGGCAAGAAUUUUGCCAUGAACUGUGAGUAA